CACUCACCCGGCGUACGGCGCCCCAGCGGCCGGGGAGGUGCGCUGCCCCGCUCCCGUAAAGUUAUUGUGAAUGGGGAGCGGGUGACGUCAGCGCCGAAUGUCAACAAUGUAGCGAUUGAGAGUGUGGGCGUUCCGGGAGAGCGCGAGCCGCGCGGCGCAGCCAGCAGCCCCGCCGCCGCCGCCUCAGCAGCAGCCCCGCGGCCGCGCACCGGGCUGCGGUCGCCCCUGCGCCCCGCUUCGCCCGCCGCCCCUCCCUCGCGGCCCGCCCCCCGUCGCCCCCGCCGCGCGCUCCGCUCCCCUCCCCCUUCCCGGACUCGGGGGGCUGCGAGCGAGCGAGCUGCCAUGUGAUGCACAUCCCCUCCGCCUGCUCUCGGUGACCCCAGGACCGCCCACCACGCCGGCGGCCGGGAGGGGGCUGCGGGCUAGGAAGACGCGGGCAGGACCGGCGCAGGAGGACGAAAGUUCCCGGGAAGCUGUCUGCUUCAAGAAGCGAGGGUUCUGAAACAAGAAGGAUCUUCAGGAGCUGCUGCACACUGUGACAUGUCUAAUCCCUUGCGCCCAUCCCUGCAGCAUGAACAAGGUGGACACUCACUGACCUAUCACAAGAUUGCCUCACCGAGUUUUGGGGUCCAUGUCUGAAUGGAUUGCUGUAGCCUUCUUCUCGUCUCUUCCUCUGCCCAGUUCCCGGCAUCCUAAGACUCGAAGCCAGGACAGGACCUGGGGAAAUUAUAUCUCCUCCACGGCCAUGCUGAUCCCAGGGUAUCAGUAUUCCAAGACAUCACCCCACUAGGCUUGGUCACACUAACCGCCAUCUGAACUCUCAGCUGAGGACCUGUGCGACUGUCAUCUUCUAAGAGCUGGCGCUGUUGAGUUUGAGGUGGUUUGAACGGCAUGUCUGUGGAUGAGAAGCCUGACUCCCCCAUGUAUGUGUAUGAGUCCACAGUCCACUGUGCCAACAUCCUCCUGGGCCUCAAUGACCAACGGAAGAAGGACAUUCUCUGUGACGUGACGCUGAUUGUGGAGAGGAAGGAAUUCCGAGCCCACCGGGCUGUGCUGGCCGCGUGCAGUGAAUACUUCUGGCAAGCGCUGGUUGGUCAGACGAAAGAUGACUUGGUGGUCAGCUUGCCUGAGGAGGUCACGGCCAGGGGCUUCGGGCCACUGCUGCAGUUUGCCUACACUGCCAAGCUGUUACUCAGCAGAGAGAACAUCCGUGAGGUCAUCCGCUGUGCCGAGUUCCUGCGCAUGCACAACCUGGAGGACUCCUGCUUCAGCUUCCUGCAGACCCAGCUCCUGAGCAGGGAGGAUGGCCUGUUUGUAUGCCGAAAGGACAGUGCAUGCCAGCGCCCCCAAGAGGACCAUGGGAACUCGGCAGGAGAAGAGGAGGAAGAAGAAGAGACGAUGGACUCAGAGACAGCCAGGAUGGCUUGUGCCACAGACCAGAUGCUCCCAGACCCCAUCAGUUUUGAGGCCACUGCCAUCCCUGUAGCAGAGAAAGAUGAAGCCUUGCUCCCUGAGUCUGAGGUACCCACAGACACCAAGGAAAACUCAGAAAAGGGUGCAUUGACACAGUACCCUAGAUAUAAGAAGUACCAGCUUGCAUGUACCAAGAAUGUCUACAGUGCGCCCUCACACGGUACCUCAGGGUUUGCAAGCACAUUCAGUGAAGACAGUCCUGGCAAUAGCCUCAAGCCAGGGCUCUCCAUGGGACAAAUUAAAAGUGAGCCGCCCAACGAGGACGCCGAGGAGGAGAGCAUCACACUCUGCCUGUCAGGAGAUGAGACUGACAUCAAAGACAGACCUGGAGAUGUCGAGAUGGACCGAAAACAGCCCAGCCCCGCCCCUGCCCCCAGUACCCCUACUGGAGCCACCUGCCUGGACAGAUCCAGAAGUGUGUCCUCACCUUCCUGUCUGCGGUCUCUGUUCGGUAUAACGAAAGGUGUGGAGUCGACUGGCCUGCCCAGUACAUCUCAGCAACACUUUGUCAGGAGUUCAGCGUGCCCUUUUAACAAGGGGAUCUCUCAGGGUGACCUUAAAACUGAUUAUACCCCUUUGGCAGGGAAUUACGGACAGCCCCACGUGGGCCAGAAGGAUGUGUCCAACUUCGCAACGGGGUCGCCCCUCAGGGGGCCUGGGCCGGAGACUCUCUGUAAGCAGGAGGGAGAGCUGGACCGCAGGAGCGUCAUCUUCUCCGCCAGCGCAUGUGACCAACCGAACACUCCGGCGCAUUCAUAUUCCGCAGUGAGCAAUUUGGACAAAGACCUCUCGGAGCCGGUGCCAAAAAGUCUAUGGGUGGGAGCUGGCCAGUCCCUCCCCAGCUCCCAGGCCUACUCCCACAGCGGACUGAUGGCCGACCACUUGCCAGGAAGGAUACGGCCCAACACCAGCUGCCCGGUGCCAAUCAAAGUAUGUCCUCGCUCACCUCCGCUGGAGACCAGAACCAGGACCUCCAGCUCCUGCUCGUCCUAUUCCUACGCGGAGGACGGGAGCGGGGGCUCGCCCUGCAGCCUGCCUCUCUGUGAGUUCUCCUCGUCACCCUGUUCCCAGGGAGCCAGAUUCCUUGCCACGGAACAUCAGGAACCAGGCCUGAUGGGAGAUGGAAUGUACAACCAAGUCCGACCCCAAAUUAAAUGUGAGCAGUCUUACGGAACCAAUUCCAGUGACGAAUCUGGAUCGUUCUCGGAAGCAGACAGUGAGUCCUGUCCUGUGCAGGACAGGGGCCAGGAGGUUAAACUUCCUUUUCCUGUCGAUCAGAUCACAGACCUUCCCAGGAAUGACUUCCAGAUGAUGAUUAAAAUGCACAAACUAACCUCAGAACAGUUGGAGUUCAUUCACGACAUCCGGAGGCGUAGUAAGAACCGCAUUGCGGCCCAGCGCUGUCGAAAGAGGAAACUGGACUGUAUUCAGAAUUUGGAAUGUGAAAUACGAAAACUGGUGUGCGAGAAAGAAAAGCUGUUGUCAGAGAGGAAUCAACUGGAAGCGUGUAUGGGGGAGCUACUGGACAACUUCUCCUGCCUCUCCCAGGAGGUCUGUCGGGACAUCCAGAGCCCCGAGCAGAUCCAGGCCCUGCAUCGGUACUGCCCUGUUCUCAUACCCAUGGAUCUUCCUGCAGCCAGUGUUAACCCUCCUCCUUUGGGGGUCGAGCAGAGCCUUGCACCCUCCCAGUGUGCAGUAGGAGGGAGUGUACCCUGCUGCCUGGAGCCAGGGGGGGCUCCCCCUGGGCGCCCCUGGGUGCCCAGCAACACCUCUGAGAAUUGUACCUCUGGGAGGAGGUUGGAAGGCAGUGACCCUGGAACCUUCUCAGAAAGAGGACCUCCUCUAGAAGCCAGGAGCCAGUCAGUGACGGUAGACUUCUGCCAGGAAAUGACCGAGAAGUGUACAACGGACGAACAGCCCAGGAAAGAUUCCGCCUAGCCAGCUCUGCCCCUCCCCCAGCCCGCCCCGGGGGUCUUCAUGCCUCUCCCAUCUAUUCCGCCAGCCGAUGGCGCUGUUCAUCCGUGUCUUGAAGAACCAAGAACGAAUUUGGUGCACACUACAGCAGUCUUUGCAGCAAUACUGUUUCAAAGUAUUCCCUCCUCUCUCUAAGCAGGAGUGCUAGUUACCUUCAUAAUGGUGCUACCCUUGCCCUGGCAAGGAAGACAGCGGUGUCGACACUGUCUGUCUGGGAUAACUGCAAACUUCACAGGGAUAGACUACCCCUCUAGGACCCAACCACGGAUUUUUUUUCUCAGUGGCCCAUGUCACAAACCCUAUCUCAGGAAUUUCUUCUGAAUGUUCAAUUUUUUUCAUUGAAGACAGCUUCUAUACACAUCAAAGUUUUAUAGCUAUACUGUGUACAUAGUAUAUAUAAUAUAUAUGAAAUAUAUAUCCAUAUGCAAAAGUCCUGCAUGCCUCAGUUUUCUCAUCCCUGAAACUGGAAACUUCUUGUAUCAUUUACAAACAGGUUCCAACAUUCCUCUUUUUGUGUCUGAUGCCAGAACUGGUUUUGUAACGGUUAACACAGUUGUUUUCCUUGUUGCACAAUUCGGUUUCAAUCUGUACUUACUUACAGACAAAAUUCAUUGUUGGAAGUUUCUUCUCGAGGUUCAAUCUCAGACCUUUUGCUUCUGUUGGUUUGGUUCCGGCGCCGUCGACUGGUGUCACAUGAGCAUUGUGGGUCUCUUCUCUCCUUCUUGUGUUUUCCCCUUGUCUCUGCGGAUACUGUACAGCACUGGUCAACUUCGCCACUUGCACUGAGUUUUGAGUCAAACCUAUUUUCUUAAAUGAAGUUGUAACUUCAGUAUAACUCAAGUAUAUUGUAUAUUCUUUGCUUUUAGUUUAAAAAAAGUAAAACAUUUUAGCUAAUUAAAAAGCACUCAGGUGAUAAUUAUGUAGGGAAAAAAAAAAAACAAUCUUGCCAAAUAAUGAACCCAUCCUAGGAUGUGUAGACAAUAAUCUGUUUGACUAUUUUUGUAGCUCCCUUGCUCCCCAUCUUUCCCCAAGUAACGCUGAAGUGCAGAUAAUUCAGAGCUGACACUGGAUGUUCAAUUCCUACGAGGGGAAAGAGUUUGGAUGGCUCGAAGGACUACAUAUCAAAAGAACGGGAGGAGCCCACGGGCACUGGUGAAGAGAAAGCAAGGGAGAACUGGCUCCUUACCCAGGGAGGAACACCCUUCACUUCCGCAUUUCUUUCUGGCCUCUGAUUACACUUGUGCCCAGAAAUGCCAUGUGGUAGGACCUGCUUCUUUGAAGGGCACAGCUAACCAACCACCCAGCUUUUCUGCCCAGGCCCGGCCUCCAGCACAUCUUAAGACCUGAGGGGAUUUGAAUGACAACCUCAGCUUUUAAGUGGCAGCCCCCUGGAUUAACUGAGCUCCCGGAGAGUAGGCCAGAACAUGGCAGAAUGGCGCCCGGGAUCCAUGCGGACAUAGGCUAAAGCAUUCUUUCUUCCUCUCAUUCUUCAAAUGCCCUCUGUACUCUGAGGUUUUGUUCUGCACCCCUCCCCCCUCAAGUCUCUUGUCUGAAAGCUGCUUCAUUCAAGGCAUUGGACAGAUACCCUAGGAGCCCUCUGCCCUCUUCCCAAGCCCUCUGCCCUCACCCCUACCUUUCUCCAUCCCCAGGUCAUAGUCUGCUUCCCUUGCUAAAAACUAGUUGGUUUGCAAAUCUAGAGAGCAGCUUCUUUGGCCCUAGGGUAUCCUGGUCCAGGCCACAUUUAUAGAAAGGCAUGCCCUGAGCAAUCAGCUCCCUCCUCCCGAGUGGUCUCUCUCCCUCCUAGUGUUCAGCAGCCUGGAGAUCACUCCAGCUGUGCAAGGUUGUCCAGAAAAGUCUGGUGUUGGGAUAGGGUAGAGGGUAGUGGGGUCUACAUGGAUGGGUGACUUUGCUUCUUCAUCCGCGCCAUUGUUUUGGACAAUGUUAAAGCUGCAUGUAAAGGGGGAAAGUAAUGUAUGGCUAGUAGGCAAAAGUGAAACCCUAGUAACGUAGGUUCUAGUAGAAUUAACUUCUUUCUGUACCCGUAGGAGUGCUAAGUGUUCAAGUAUGGACGAAUGCCAGAAGUUGUUGAUUCAUGCAGUAGAAUUUAAGGGGAAAUUUACUUCUUUUAAAAUAGAUCCAUUUUUAAAACCUGCCUCUGGGUUUUGAGGUGUGUGUGUGUGUGUGUGUGUGUACAGAUUUUGAUACAGCUGUGUUGGAGCUGCCAUCUUUGUUAUACCAUUCCUGGUCUAGUCUAACAGUUUCCUUCACCAGGAGGCAUGUGUUCGUGAAAAGCUGAUAAAGCUGGCCUUUAGCUCCAUGUGAAUUGUGUGACGCUCACAGCUGCCUAGCACGGUGCAGGAGUCAACAGACAGUAUUUUUUUUUUUUUUUUUGGAUUCUCAUAUUGCCUUUUUAAGUGACCUCUUCUAAAGAAACAAAAAAGGCUUGUCUUCUGCUCAGGCCAUCACCAGUGCGGAGAAGACUCUCUGCCUGCUUCAUGUUGUCCCAGCUCACGGGCAGCUGGAAGUCUUGCCACAUUCCACAGUUUACCCCCUAAGUUUAUGUUGCCAGUAGCUCAGACCCAUGGCAGCUGUUUCCAGGGUGGGGGUUAGGGGGUUGCGGGGUUAGGAGGUCAGGUCUCCUCGUUUCUCUCUACCCCAACUCAGCCCUCAUCUUCCUCAUUUUCUUUUCCUCUUCUUCCUCCCCAUCUGUGCCAUGGGAACUAGCAUUUUCAAGUGACUCUUAAAAACUCCUAUUUCUUUGGUAUUUUUAACAAGUAAUUUCAUUGAGUAUCCACCAGGAACAGCAACCGGCUUUGUGUAAUUACUCAUGGGACAUUUCCGUGUCUUUGACUGUUCCAAACCAUUGCUUAUCAAAAUUGUUUCUCAGAUGAUUCAAAGGGAGGGUUCACUGGGGACCAAAAUCUAAAUUCUUCAAGUCCCCAGUUGGGGAAUUCAGAAGUCCCCAAUCUGUCCUUCCUUGGGAUCCCUAGGUCAACCUCUUUCCCUCUAUAGAAAAGAGAAGAGAUGGGAAGUGAGAAGAAUCUUUGCCUUUUAGGGGGACAUUUAGUUGUGUGUUUGAAGGUCUUUUCUUUCUAAGAUACAGGACACUCCAGUCAUAGGACCGACACGACAGCUUGGUUGGGUCUCCCAGAGGCUGGGGUGUGAAUGGUUCAUGGCCCAGAGCUAGCACAGGUGACUCCCAUCCAAACCCAGCCGCCCCCAGCAGCCCCUGUCCUCCCGAGUCUCUGAACAGCCUCCGUCAGGUUGCCCAGGCUGUAGGAAAAUGCGUACUGGCCGAGCGUGUUCGUGUUUGCGUAAUCUGAGGGUGCCUUGAAUAAAGUCAAACUUCAUAACUUACUGAUUCUGCAACAAAGCAGUUUCAAAAAACUUUUUUCUAAAGUUGGCAAAGUUACUAGGCCAUCCUUCCACUUCUCCCAGGUUCCCAAACAAUGACUCAGGCAUCGGGGUGGAUGCUGCAGUAGAAAAACGUUAUUUUUAUGUCAUACGAGUAAUUUAUUGACUGUCUUUCUCAAGGUAUGCUGCUUUUUAAUCAUGCACUAUAAUUUUGGAUGUAAUCCUUGCAUUGCUUUUCCAAGGACGUUUAAAACCAGCUAAUAACUAGCGUGCUAACUGCCUCUCCUCCUUAAAGGCGCUCCUGAGCAGCCGCAGGCCCUGAUGAAGGGCUGGCUAAAGCCUACACAUUAUGAUGCCACUGAAGAAGAAAAAGACAAGGCAGACAAUGGUUUGAAAGUAGAAACCUUUUCAGAAAUCGCCCAAGUCUUGCCCCGGGAGGCUACUCUACAUCCUGUGGAACAAAUAGUCCUCCAAAAUGACUCUGUCUGUCCCGCCCCUUACAGUCUGUACUGGAUGUACAUGUUCCUACACACCACAGCCCUGUUUAAACUAGGAGCUGUUGCCAAUGGCUUCAAACUGCUCCACUAGUGCUGACAGUGCAGGAGAAUCUCAGAUCUAGAAGAGAGCAAGAAUCAAGCUUUGUCCUCAGAUCUCUCUCUCCCUCUAUCCUCCCUACUCUCCACCUCCCUCCCUCCCCCUCUCUCUUUCACACACACACACACCAGACUAAAGGAAAGGAUUAUUUUAAAAGAAUGAAGCUCUUUGUUGUAUCAUUAGUAUUUACUUGAGGAUUUUGUUGCAGAUUCCAUUUCUGGCAAGUCAGUCUGAAAUGCCUCUGUGGGGUUGGUAUUCAUAAAGGAAGUCUGUGCAUGGAGAUAUUUUGUGUUCAAAAUGUAUCAUACUGCCCGAGCCAUCUUGCAACCCAAGUGUCCAAGACUGAUGCUGUAGCAUAGGAUAUAUUUGUGCAUAAUGGUGUGUGCAAAUAGUACUUGUACAUUGAAGAGACUUGUCAUAGCAGAUCAAAGGUAAAUUAUUCAAAUGAUGGUGCAGAAACAUUACUUGCAAAGUAAUUGUAUAGUAUUUUGCUACACUCCACCCUGGGAGAUCAUAUUUAUAACAAGUGAAUUAAUCGUGCAUUUUAAUUGUAAUAGGAAAUGAUGCCACCAUUUCGUGGAGCGUAUCCCACUUGGUUGCAGAGGCCCAACUUUCAUAGCUUUGGUUUAAUGUUGUGGCAUGGUGUACACAUUUCUCUCUCAAGCAAUGGAUAAACUCUUGGCUGUCAUUUUCAUUCCAGUUUCUUGACCUCAGAUAAAACAAUGGCUAUUCAUGAAAGUGUAUUCAAGACCACUCAUUUCAGGUAGACUCACACUCAGUGCCAAACGCUCCCAUGGGAAUGAUCAGACACCUGUAUCAGGAAAGAGUGAAGGGACUUGAACAAAAAAAAAAAAAAUGGGUUUUCCUAAAGAUGGGUGCUAAACUUCUACCAAACAUGUCUCUGGGGACAAAGAGUUGGCCUCCACUUGGGUCCUAACAAUGUAUUUUGGCUGUGGCAGCGCUGGGAUGCCCAUUCACACUCUGACACAAGAGCCUGGCACUUGUAACGCAUUAUCAGGAAGAUUGCAGAUGCGUGUGGGAGCUUCGGGUACCCGUUAGACACGGUGAGCCGCCCAAGGCGAGAGGGCCUGUGAGAGUCUGUUCCAGAACCAGUCCGAUGCAAGUGCACCUCUAAUACAUGCCUUACAAACUCCAGAGGCCAUAUGCAAAACAGGGUCUUCUCAGUGUAUGCAAGGGGCUCCGGCCCUCGUCUCCUCCUCCCCAGCUCGAACAAUACGGACAGUUUUCACACAUAUCUACCUGUAUAACCCUCCGUACCUCUCAUAACUGGUCAACGACUGUAACAGGUUACAUCAGGUGUUUUUCUACAUACUUUUUACACAGAUUCUAUGCGAUUAAUGUAACUUAAUUCAACGCAUCAUUUUAUUGUACAAGUUCUUACGCUUGGCCUUAUUUUUCCCUAAGUGAUUGUGGUUUUUCUUGUGGUUUUUCUUGUGGUUUUUCUUGUAAAGAUAUUGAGAUGGCUGUUGAUGCUUAUUCUCUGUAACUAAGAAUUUUUACCUUUUUGGGAAAAAGCAUUGCUAUGGAUUAAUGAAUUGAGACUUCAUUUACUCGUUGUAAAUACACUAUUGUGCAAAAAAAAAUCACUCAAUUGAAUUGCUAGUGUUAACUGAAUUUUGUCUAGACGCCAUUUCUGUUAAUGAAAUAAAGACAUAUCAUUCUA